UUUCAAAAUAACGUAAAAACACGUAAUGAUGAACUAGAACCGCACAUCAGAUAUCAAUACCAUCGUGCACCUGUAAACAGGCUGGUACAAGUAUCAAGGUAGGUUAUUCAUUUGGACCGGGCUUCGAUACUUGUUAUAUAUAUGAGGUCCCCGUUGGUCUUUGUUGCUGUCUGUCACGUGUUGUGUUUCCAAUGUCAACAAGUAUACACUUUAUGACGUUCCACUGAUCUCGUUGGCGCCAUGGCUCCAUACAAGAAGGUAUUCGUAAUGAUGUUAUUGAUAACACCGUUUGUAGCUCUUGUUACGUACAUGAGCAGCUCCAACAUCAUGACCUCUGACAUUCUCGGCAAUAUAUCAAGACUCAUUUUCCAAGAGUAUCCUCCAGCAAGCAUUAUAUCGGUUUAUUCUAUACCUAAAAUUAUCACACCAUUCGAUCAACAUUCGAGUAUCCUAUCGCAUUUACUGACAGGGCACUGGAAAACACGUCCUUUGACAAAAAAGGAAGAUGAAGAUAUAUUGAACUUUCUGUCUGACGUAAAUGUCCGUUACACCUUACCUAAGAAUUAUCAAAGGAUUGAUGGCCUCUGUGGAAAUGUUACCCACACAGGAUCUAAAACUGCUGAGUGGAUAAAAGCCUUGUGUGAUCCUAAAGGAACAACCCCGUGCUGCUUCAACAAUAAAUGUGCUAUGAAGUCCGUGGAGGAAUGUGUGUGUCCUGAUUGCUAUGACAUGCGGAACCAGAAACAUGCUGAAUAUUCCACCUGGAUCCCUUCAGACCCAAGACAUGGCUACAAGAAACACAGCUCCCAAGAAGCUUGCAGCAUCCUCAGCGGAAGCACGAUUCUGUUUGUUGGGGAUUCUCUUGUUCGCCAUGUAUAUACAGCUAUGGUACUGCUUGUUACAGGGAAUAUGAAAGAUGGAGCCAUGAACGAAAAAGUACCACAGAAUGUUAAGAACUUGUGUAGCGGAAUGUAUAUGUUCACAGAAAAAUUGUGUCGACUGCAUCUGAGGUAUCAGCUUCGUGCUUGCAACGGUACAGUUAACCUGGAACUGAAGUACUUCUUCUCUGCAACAUAUGGCCCACAAUUGAAACAAAGUGUUGCAAAUUUAAAUAACAAGUCAUUACUUUUUGUAGGUAUAGGUCCACACAAUCAUUUUAACCAUAAGGAAAUUCAAAAGAAGUUUUUGUUACCAACACUGUCCUACAUACGCAACAAUACGAGACCUUGGCCAAAAGUACUGUGGGCAGCGAGUCAUGCUCCGGGUGCGUUGAAGUCCCCGAAAGUGUUGGCCCAGUCGUACGACAGUGUAAAACGAUACAAUGGCAACAUGGAGAGUUUCCUUAGAUCAUGGAAAGUUCCUAUUUUCGAUACCUUCAAGAUGACGGAUGGAAUGACGAGUUUUGAUGGUCAGCAUUAUGGGCUUGGGGUGAAUGUUGUGAAAGCGAAUGUAAUACUGAGUUACCUGAAUGAAUUGAAAAAUAAAGGAUUGUGGUGAAA